AUGGUGGACACAAGUUAUCUUGCGCAGCAGGUCAACAGCAGUAUCGGCCAGCUGCACGGCCUCUUUGACGAGAUCGGCGUCCCUGAUCAUGAGCGCGAAGCUCGCGAGUCUGAGCUCUUCUCAGCACUGUCCGAGGCACUCAACAGCCAAGUGCGACUCGUCAAUUCAGAAAAGAAGGAGAUGGUCGACGAGGCCAAGAAGAUCAUCACCAUCAUCCACCAAAUGGAAGCAUCACUGGACGACUCAAAUCGUCGCCGUGACUACGAGGGCGACGAUGAAUUGACCAUCACAUAUCCCUUGUCACGAUGCCUUCAACGCCUCAAGGAGAAGCACACCCAGAUCAGCCGUCUCCACAAGGAGCGCUUUGAUCAAGUAAAGAAGCUCGUAGUGGCCCUGGAGUCCUACUCUUCCCACCUGGAACCCACAUUUGUCCAGAUCCCUUUGCCGCCUACAGGACCGAAUCAAUCUAUCCCCGCCAACUUUGAUCUCUCCUCCACAUACGUUGACAAGCUCGACAGCGAGUUCACGCGAGUUUAUGAGGAGUAUUCUCGUCGCAUCGCCACUGUACAAGCCCUCGCCGACCAGACUAUCGGUCUCUGGGCGGAACUUGGUAUCCCCCAAGCGCAACAAGACGGUGCCAUUGUUAAGUACUACCGUGAUUCCCCCGAGCAGCUUGGUCUGCACGAGGAGGACAUCAACCGACUGCGCGCCAAGCGCGACAGACUCUCAGACGAGAAGAAGAACCGAGAGAAGAAGCUCAAGGAGCUUAGGGUCGCGGUUGAAGCUCUUUGGAUCAAGCUCGGCGUCGAUGAGAGUGAGACCAAGCCCUUCCUAAACGCGAACCGCGGCUGCGGUGUCCGCCAAAUCAACGAGUUUGAAGAUGAGCUUGCUCGCCUGAACGAGCUCAAGCGCCAGAACCUCCAUCUCUUCGUCGAAGAUUCCCGCAUCAAGCUUCAAGAACUCUGGGAUGCGCUAUACUUCUGCGAGGAUGAAAUGCUCGAGUUCACACCUGCCUUCUCCGAUGUUUAUAGUGAUGCUCUCCUUGAGGCUCAUGAGCGCGAAAUUGUCCGUCUAGAGGCCCUCCAGGAGCAGCGCGCACCUACACUCGCCCUGAUCGACAGACACAAGAGCCUGAUCAAGGAGCGCGACGACCUUGCAGCAUCCAGCCAGGAUGCGUCGCGACUCAUGGGUCGUGGCCAGAAGGGAGAGAAGCGAGACCCCGGAAAGCUUCUUCGCGAGGAGAAGAUGCGAAAGCGCAUUACCAAAGAAUUGCCCAAGAUCAUUGCAGAGUUGCGCAAGUUGCUCUCUAACUGGGAAGACGAGUAUGGACGACCAUUCCUCGUGUUCGGCGAGAGCUACUUGGAAGAGCUUGAAGCCGCGGAGGGAUCAAGAAAGAACGUGCUACCACCGCGUUCCAAGACACCCGCUGGCCUACCUCCUUCGACUGUCAAGGCGCCCAAGUCAGUGCCAAACCUCCGGGCUACAACCAGAUCCAUCCCCCCUCGCUCUAUGAGUAAGACACCUACAGCCGGUGCACCUCCUCCUAGACGACCUGGACACCAAACCACCGCAUCCACAUCUAGCAUCCCACAAAGCCCUUUGAGGAGCCCAUCGCGAAUCCCUGCCCGAGUUCCUCUCUCCAACAUGAAGCAUGGCAACAAUUCUCCCGAGCGACCUCGGGCUGAGUCUUGUGCCGACGUCUUCCGACCGGGUCCGCCGUUGAUGAGAGCUCCCCCUCCCAAGAUGCGUGAGUUGAUGGCCCGCGCCGAGUUUGAAGCCCCCCCAAACCCUUACAAAGGAGCUGGCCUUGGUUCCAGCAUCGUUCGUCAAGUUGAACCUGAAGAUGUUUACGAUGACCGUCCAAGAACGGCUCGAUCCAACUCCAACAACUCUCAAUACAGCUACCCAAGCAACACUUCCCAAUUCAGUCACCCCAGCAACAACUCACAGCUCAGCCAAACAAGCUAUAGUGACGAGAGUUAUCAUGAUCCAUAUGCUAGCAUCCGUUCUCAAAGCUUUCGUAAGGUUGCUCCACCUCCGCGACAGAUCUCUGGUGAAUCAAUGGCAUCAACCAAUAUCUCUGGAUCUGAGAACUGGGAGACGUAUGACGACGACAACAGCGAGCCUGAGCUUGACGCUUCUGAUGCCUACUAUGCUAAGCUAAGAGCUACGCAAACCAAGCGGUUCUCGCCAGAGCAAAGUCUUCGGCCUGCGAGCAGCCAGUCCAAGCGCAUACGCGGGAUACCUCCAACAGGGUCGUACAACGGGCCAGUCAUGAUUGACCAGGACGGUAACCGCAUCAUCUCUGGCAGUGAGUGGACUGACGAGGAUGGCUACUAA